ACAGUAUCGGCUUCGUCAAGUCAAUCUAAAGGCUAGACUACUACUGUACCAUAAGACCCUUCAUCAUGUUGUCAAACCUCUACACGCUCUUGUUCACCCUCCUUGUGUCUUCGGCCGCCAUGGCUGAUCGUACCGUCCGCAUUAAUGCCGUGGAUGGAGCCUGCAUCAGGACUGGAUCCUCGUGCGGCGGGGGGAUGACCCUUCAACUCAAAGACGACGGUACACCUUACCCGACCCUCGAUUACCAUGUCGGUGUUCCUGGAGUCGCUGAGAAAGAGGAGGUCGGCUGUCACUGGGAAGGCAAGCUGGAUGACGGAGUAGAUCAGGUCACUUUCACCUUUUCCAGUGGUCCCGAUUACCUUUACCCUUGUGGUCCCCAGAAGGGUAUCACCAUGGUCUGUGACAACCCUCCGGCCACUUGCGCAUCCACUCCUCGCGAGAACGUCUAAGAAGCGACCUUCACUUUGUACAAGAUGACACAAGUACGAUGGAGGUCUGAGAUCCCUUGAACAGACAAAUGUAUAUAUGCAU